CGCCUCUUGAAAGGGGAGGGGAGGCCGGGGAAGGAGGCAGGGCAAGGGACUCCCGCGCUAGGCUUGGGAGGAGGAGGAGAAGGAGCCAAACAAAGGGAGGCCAAGGGAGGAGGGUCUCUUUCCCUUCUCCUCUCCCUUUUCCAAGGGAUCCUCUGCAGGGGGGAUGAAGCUGGGGAAGCUCCGAGGCGGGAGAAGGGGAACAAUAGACCCUUCGUAAGGAAGGAAGCAAGGCAGGGGCGCCUUUUGUUUGCCUGAGCCUCUCCUCCUCCUCCUCCUCCUCCGCCAUGGCCAUCGCCCACAUCGCCACCGAGUACGUCUUCUCGGACUUCCUCCUGAGGGACACCUCGGACACCAAGUUCAAGGGGCUUCGGCUGGAGCUGGCCCUCGACAAGCUGGUCACCUGGAUCUCCGUCGGGCUGCCACUCCUCCUCAUCUCGCUGGCCUUCGCCCAGGAGAUCUCCAUAGGUACACAGAUGAGCUGCUUUUCUCCGAGUUCGUUUUCUUGGCGCCAAGCUGCUUAUGUGGACUCUUUCUGCUGGGCAGCCGUACAGGAAAGACAGCUUUCCCAAAGCGACUCAGGGCACCUUCCACUCUGGCUUCACAAAUUUUUCCCCUACAUCCUUCUGCUGCUCGCAAUCUUGCUGUACCUGCCAUAUCUCUUCUGGCGCUUCACCGCAGCACCCCACCUCUUUUCAGACCUGAAAUUUAUUAUGGAAGAGCUUGACAAGGCCUACAACAGAGCAAUCAAAGCUGCAAACAGCUGCUGUAAUGGUGAUGCAAAGGAUGCUUCUUGCCCCAUGCCAACCCCAACGGAGAAUGUUGCUCAGAGCUUCUGGGAGAUUUCUGACAGCUGCUUUAAGUAUCCCAUUGUGGAACAAUACCUGAAGACAAAGAGGGGCACCAAGACCUUAAUCAUCAAGUAUAUAUUUUGUCGCUUGCUGACGCUGGCAAUUAUUCUCCUGGCUUGCACCUAUCUGGGCUAUUAUAUCAGUCUUUCCUCAGUGACUGAUGAAUUCAUCUGCAACAUCAAACGUGGGAUCUUGAAGAACGAUACAACUGUUCCAGAAAAGUUUCAAUGCAAAAUGGUUGCUGUCGGCGUCUUCCAGGUGCUCAGCUACAUCAACUUCUUUGUCUACAUCCUCCUCUUGCCCCUGGUGAUCUAUGCACUGUUGGUGCCAUUGAGGCAAAGUACAGACAUCCUCCAAGUAUAUGAGCUUCUGCCAACAUUUGACGUUCUCAAAUUCAAAACAAAGAGCUACAACGACUUAAGCCUCUACCUUCUCUUCCUGGAGGAGAAUGUCAGCGAGUUGAAAUCUUACAAGUGCCUCAAGGUUCUGGAGAACCUGAAAGGCAAUGGGGAAAGGUUUGAUGCCAUGCAACUCCUGGUGAACCUUGGCUCAAUUAAAACAGACACCGUAGAUCGCAAGAUGCCCUCUGCCAAAAGCACUGAUGGAAAGAAAGUUGAAGAAGAAACAGAAAAGAAUGCAACACAAUUACAAGAUGUGAGUGGGACGACAACAGCAGCAGAUGGAGGGAAGAAGAGUAAAGACGAUGGCAAGCUUCGUCAGAGGCUCCUAGAUUCUUCUUGCUGAUGGACACCUUUGGAGUUUUAUUGAUUAGGACAAUUCUUCCCACAGAAGCCAUAGUGAUCCCUUGAUGGCUUUCAUCUUGCAUAAACAAGAACUGGACAUAAGUUAAUUAUUGUUUACAAGCUUUUUAUAGACCCGUGUUUACAUACCUAUCUAUCCUUCCAACAUUAUAGCAGGGGCAAAUAAGUACCCAAAAUGUGGGGGCAAAAUGCCGCUCUCCAACCUCAGAGGACUACUGUCUAAUGCACUCUCCACCUCUAAGGGCACAGCACUACCUUUUGCAAUUCCUGGGCUUUUUUUACAUGUUGUUUUGUUAUUGUGUGCCUUCAAGUUGCUUCCAACUUAUGGCAAACAUCAGGUGAACCUAUAAUGGGGCUUUCUUGGCAAGAGUUGUUCAUAGGAGGGCUGCCUUAAUCUUUCUCUGAGGGCCCUUCCACACAGCCAUAAUACCCAGAAUAUCAAGGCAGAAAAUCUCACAAUAUCCGCUUUGAAAUGGCUUAUCUGAGUCCACACUGCCAUAUAUUCCAGUUCAAAGCAGAUAAUGUGGGAUUUUAUUCAUCUGUGUGGAAGAGGCCAGAGGCUUGGAGAGUGUGACCUAUCUAAUGAGGUCAGCCGGUGGGUUUCUGUGGGUGAGCAGGGACUCUAGAGUUGCAAUCCCAAACUCAAACCACCACAGCAUGCUGACUCCCACCCAGAUUUACUUGUGUUUACUAAGGUGGUAUGUGCUAUGCCUUCAUGCUCUCUAGAGAGAUGGGAGCAUUUAGGGAUUUAAAAAUUCAAAGCAAACAUUUCCCUCAAAAUUUGGGAGUGAGGGGCAAUCAAGGACCUCAAAAAUGUUUUUGAGGGUCUAAGAGGGUUGGCUUAAAGCAGUGUUUCCCAAACUUUGGUCCUCCAUAGAAUCAUGGUUGGAAGAGACCUCAUGGGCCAUCCAGUCCAACCCCUGCCAAGAAGCAGGAAAAUCGUAUUCAAGGCACCCCCAGCAGAUGGCCAUCCAGGCUCUGUUUAAAAGCCCCCAAAGAAGGAGCCUCUACCACACUCCAGGGCAGAGAGUUCCACUGCUGAACAGCUCUCACAGUUAGGAAGUUCCUCCUCAUGUCCAGGUGGAAUCUCUUUUCCUGUAGUUUGAAGCCAUUGUUCUAGAAAACAAGCUUGUCUUCUCCUUGCAUAUUUAUACAUGGCCCUCGUCAUGUCUCCUCUCAGUCUUCUCUUCUUCAGGCUAAACAUGCCCAGCUCUUUAAGCUGCUCCUCAUAGGGCUUGUUUUAUACUAUAACUCCCACCAUUCCUAACAGCUGGUAAGCUGGCUGGGAUUUCUGGGAGUUGAAGUCCCAAACACCUGGAGGACUAAAUGUUGGGAAACACUGGUUUAAAGGCAUUGUAGUGAGAAUAUGUUUUGUUUUGGUGUGAGGACUAUGGAGAAAAGGCUAAAGUUUUGUGGUAGCCUCUCUCUGCCUGAAGCCUAGGUCUUCUCUUUUGAUCUCCUCCAUAGCUUUUAGGGAGCUUAAAUCUCUCACUUUUUGUUCAAGUCUGGCACACACACAAAAAGAGAUUGAUGUUACUCAGUGUCUCUGAGUGACAUCAAUCUCUUAUCACCCAUGUUCCAGCAUUCUUCAAGGCAGGUGGUCCUAUACAAUCCACAGUUGUGGGGUGAAACGGUGCAGCCGAAGGUAUGGUUCUCAUGUGUCUGUCCAACUUGAUUUCUUUGCAUUUAAUUGCAAAGCACUUAGAAACCAAUUUAUCCAACCAUUUGAACACUUUGCAUGGAUUCCUGUUGGUGCAUUACAUUGAUGGAUAAACUCUUUUCCAAAACCAGGCAGCAGUGGCAAGGGAAGGCAGGCAAAAUGCAAGCAGACGGUUUCUCUAGUAUUUUACUUUUUGCAUGACCACUGCAUUUGUCGCCUUGUUUCUUCCUGCCACACAGCUGUAGCUAUGCCAGCAUAUAGUACCUUUAUGAGAUUGAAAUUAUAAUAUUUUCAAUGACUCUGAUCCAUGCAUGCAGAACAAAGUGCUAGAGCAAAUUGUUUAGAUGGACAGGCCCUCUCACACAUUGAUAAGCUGUUUUGUAAUUGGGUUAUUAUGAGUUUUCCGGGCUGUAUGUUCCAGAAGCAUUCUCUCCUGACAUUUCACCCACAUCUAUGGCAGGCCUCCUCAGUGGUCGUGAGGUCUGUUGGAGGUCUGUUUUGUAAUUGUUUCACUACAUUAUGAUAAUUGCAAAAUCAACUUGAAAGCAUGUUAUCUUUCUAUACUUCCUUGUAGAAACAUAUAUGCACCUACUAAAGAUAUACUUGCUGCAUGUUCUAAUAUAUUCUUAGUACCUUACUGAUGACAUUGAGGUUUGGGGUGCUGUGAACAUGGAGUGCUGGUUUCACUGUUAACUAUCCUCCAGUUAUAGUUGCAGUCUACCUACUUUUGUUAGUAGUUGUAUGGUCAUGAUAUUAGUUGAUAUAACAGAUCUGUGGAGUCAGGAUUUUUUGUUAUUUUCUUUGUGGACAGUUCUACGACAUAUAAGACUUAGCAGAUGAUUUAUGUAUGUCUGAGUUUAUUGAUUAUUUCCUUGAACCAGAACUCAGGAGCCAAGGUACAUUCUGUAAAUGAUGUAGCCAUCACUCACAAAGCCAUUUUUAAAAAGUUGAAGACAGUGUUAGCAAUCUGUGAACAUACUGCCAACACAGUAGCUGCUUUUGGGAGCACCUAGUUUGAAGAAAUAGUCAUUAAUCUUUAAGUGUAUAGGUACAUAUAAGAAACUCAACAACGUAGGCACACUGUGAACCGCCCUGAGUCCCCCUCGGGGUUGAGAAGGGCAAUAUACAAAUGCCACAAAUAAGUAAACAAUAUAAGAAGAGUCCAAUUGUCUUCUUGUCCUGGCAUUUCAAACUUUGCCAUAAGAGCAAAGAGGCAAAUAUUGCAAGGGCCUGAAGAACAAAUGCGAUUUGGAAAUGUCAAAGCUGAGUAGGGUUAGGUUGGAGAUUGCAAAAAAAAAAGAGAUAUGAUACCCAUGUUCUAAUAAAAGACUUACACAUUGAUGAUGGAGCAAGUUUCUAGUAAUUUAUAGAACUUGAACCAGUAGGUUCACAUUAGAAGGAAUUUUGAUUAAGAGGAACUCGCUUAACAAUCAAAGAGAAUUCCCCAGGAUGUGAGCACCUUGUUUUCAUUAUAAUAGAGGGGGAACCAUUUGGCCUUUCAGAGUUGCAGUUGCCAACAUCCCCCACAGUAUCCCUCUUUUGCUAAGAGUUUGGCUCUCCAAAGUUCCCGAUGAUUCACUCUUUUGCUAAGAGAUUGGCCCCCCAAAGUUCCCGAUGAUUCACUCUUUUGCUUAAGAGAUUGGCUCUCCAAAGUUCCCGUUGAUUCACUCUUUUGCUAAGAGAUUGGCUCCCCAAAGUUCCCGUUGAUUCACUCUUUUGCUAAGAGAUUGGCUCUCCAAAGUUCCUGUUGAUUCACUCUUUUGCUAAGAGAUUGGCUCCCCAAAGUUCCCGUUGAUUCACUCUUUUGCUAAGAGAUUGGCUCCCCAAAGUUCCCGUUGAUUCACUCUUUUGCUAAGAGAUUGGCUCUCCAAAGUUCCCGUUGAUUCACUCUUUUGCUAAGAGAUUGGCUCUCCAUAAUUCCUGUUGAUUGACUCUUUUGCUAAGAGAUUGGCUCUCCAAAGUUCCUGUUGAUUGACUCUUUUGCUAAGAGAUUGGCUCUCCAAAGUUCCUGUUGAUUCACUCUUUUGCUACGAGAGGGGCUUCCCAAAGUCCCCGUUGAUUCACUCUUUUGCUAAGAGAUUGGCUCCCCAAAGUUCCUGUUGAUUCCCUCUUUUGCUAAGAAGGCCCCCCCGCAAAGGUUAUGGCAAUUUCAGUUCAACAACAGACUGGAGGGCCACACGAUUGCAACCUCAAUUAGAGCUUUUAGAAACAGGCUGCAUAUUGUAGCACGGGGACACAGUAGAGCAGUGGUUCUCAACCUGUGGGUCCCUAGGUGUUUUGGCCUACAACUCCCAGAAAUCCCAGCCAGUUUACCAGCUGUUAGGAUUUCUGGGAGUUGAAAGCCAAAACAUCUGGGGACCCCAGGUUGAGAACCACUGCAAUAGAGGUUUGCCUGCAACAAAAGGAGGUUCAACGAAACCAGAGAUGAACAAUCCAUGGGCCUUGUGGCUCUUGUUGCAGAUUACAGGGCCAUGGGGAGAUCAGCUCCUCCAAACCUUGUCAUACAAUCCAAAUGGCUCAAAUAUGAGGAAGAAUGGCAUACUAGCACUGUGGUAGCAAUCUUACCAGGUCAUUGCUAAGAUUUGGGAGCAGAUAGGUUUUUUUUAUUAUCUUAACCUAAAGCAACCUCCAGUUGCAAAAUGGCUAGCUAUACUUCUAUGUCUUGAUUUUUACAAGAUUCUUGAGAUGGAAAGAUUCUGUGUUCUCACACUUGAUAUAGCUUCUACUUUUAAGCUUUGGGAGUUUGGAAAACAUCCAUGAUAUAAUUAAAAUCAACCUUAAUCCUACCAGCUGUUGCCUUCAAUAUUCUAUGAUGAUUUAUGUAAUUUAUGUAAACAGCAAGUAAGUAUUUACUGAUGAAAGGGAUUUUUUAAGGUCCUUGAAUAUUUUCCUCCUUGUACGAUAUAAGGAAGGACUGACAUUCAGCAGUAGAGCACUUAUGUAGGUCCUAGGUUGAAAUGACCUGUAUCUUCUGUAAAACAUCUCAGGUCCUGAAAAACAACGGGUACAUGAGAUAGAAGAGAGCAACUGCCAAUUCAAGUCAGCAAGUGUGAAUGAGAAGAAACAAUGCUCUGACUCAAUACUUGGAAAUGCUGAGUGUUGAUCCAAACUCGUCUGACUCAGAGUGGGUCUGCUUCACACACUCAUCUAUAAUAAUAGAGACACAUUCAUGUAGCAUUUAGAAAUAUAUGGUACCAUUGCAAAAGUGAGAAGAGUAAAAUUGUGUAAGAUGCCGACCACUUGAAGUAUUACUGUGAUUGUGUUUUAAUAAACUGUCUUAAUAGUGCAA